UUAAAUAUCGGAGCACAUUCCCUGCCAGUCUUUGAACGACUUCCGUGCUCGCGUUGCGUGUAUUAAUAUCGAUUCAACCACCAACCCUUUAACCUGGGUUAUAAUCCUCCACGUGUUUCGUGCAUUUCAUCCCGUUAAGAAGAAAAACCACCCGUUUCGUGUUACAGUUAUGCAUUUUCGCAAACACCAAACUAGGAUGUUAGUGAGUGAUUUAUGAAAAAAAAAAAUUAAAUGGAGCUUUAAUGUACGAAAUGUCUUAGCCGAAGGAGUGAAAAACGAAAAAUUUCUCGAAUCACUUAUAAAUGAGAUGUAGAGAUGAUAUUACAAAGUAACAUCGAUAGAUUUGAAUGGGAAUGGCAACGACCGACGAAGAACUCUCAAGCGAUGAGCGACCUCGCCGGAACGUGCUCUCCAGGUCACGAUCUCUACCUCACUUGUCACACCACGACUCCGGUUUGGGAAGCUACUGCGGGAAUUCGGGAGUCGACGAGGCACCCGCUAGUCGCGCCGCCCGUUUGGUGGCAGAUUUACGUCAACUGCUGACGCUUAAACAGCACUAUUAUCCCGAGGGUGGUUGGGGAUGGAUCGUACUUUUUGUAGGGGUUAUCGUUCAUUCACUUGGAAGCGGAUUAGUCCUCUCCUUCGGAAUGCUCAGCAUCGAAACGUCGAAAAAGUUUGAAACGAACAUCAAGCAACCAGCAGGAUGGCUGGGUGCGAUGUCUACGGGUGUUGCUCUGCUGAUAUCGCCAAUUACAAUAGCGUUUUGCCGAAGGAAAUCUACACGCGUUACGGCUGUGAUGGGAGGACUCAUAACUGCUCUUGGAUGUCUUUUUACUUCAUUUGCGACGCAGUUUCAUCAACUAUUUUUCAGUUAUGGAACAGUGGUCGGUAUUGGCGUAGGAAUAACAAGAGACUGUUCUACAUUGAUGGUUGCUCAAUAUUUUAAAAGAAGACGAGAAUUUGUGGAAAUUUUUAUCGUGUCCGGAAGCGGAUUGGGAAUUGCAAUCAUGUCCGUCGUCAUCAAAAGCACUAUUGGUGCCCUGGGUUGGCGUCUAGGAUUGCAAGUGGUUACCGGAGCGGUUUCAAUAACUUUUAUAUUGGGAACAUUUUAUCGUUCGGCAUCGCUUUAUCAUCCGCAGAGACGUGCCAUUUUACACAUAAAGAAUCAAAAGCGUAAAAUAAAAGACAAGAAUAAAAUAGAAGACAAAAUACCAUUCUUCGACUUUAGCACUUUGAAAAGCAAGACCGUCCGUAUACUUCUUGCGUCGACCGGGAUUAGCGCAUUUGGUAUAAACACGCCGAUUUUCUAUUUGGCUUAUCAGGCUGAAGCCGAAGGUUUGGGUGAUUCGACCGUCCUUCUUCAAAUGUACUUAGGAUUAGCGUGGACUGUUGGCUGUGUCGUUUUUAGUACGUUUGUACUGCACAAUUCGACUGAAUGCCGAAUUGCAAGACAAUACUUAUGUCAAACUGCCGUCUUUAUGUGUGGACUGUCCAUUUUGGCGUUUACUGUCGUUAGUGGAAAUUAUCAUGCCUACGUUAUGUUUGCUUGGAUUUAUGGCAUAUUUUGUGGAGGUUAUCAUUACUCUUUGAAGAUGUACACCUACGAAAGGGUCCGCGCGCGAAAUUUUGCAAGAACUUGGGGAUUCGUCCAAUGCUCUCAAGCGAUACCGAUAGUCAUCGGGGUUCCAUUUUCAGGGUACAUGAACGAAAAGUGCGGAGAAAAAACUGGCUACUAUUUCAGCUCAACUUGCGUACUAGUUGGCAGUUUGACACUGUUUCUCAUAGACCUUCAUCGUCGAAACAUCGCAAGACAUAAGCACACGCGCGAGAAUGGAACGCGUCACGUGUGCGUCAACGAAAAUUGCCCACAACGCAGAAAGCUGUCGUUUUCCCAAGAACCCGAAAACGAAGCCGGUGUAACGGCGGGCGCCGCGGCCGCCGCUCUGGUUUUGGGCGCGGAUCUGGCUCCCAACCAGCCGCCCGGUAUAAUCGACAACAUAGUCGGCUCGAACGAGAAGCCCGAGCUAACCUGCAUCUCAGAAGAGGGCAUUGCGGACAUGGACCUUCCCGAUAAUUUACUAGACGAUUUAGAUUAUAUAGGAGAUUGCAUAACCUCCUGUAAUAAAGUGGAAAAUUAUUUAAUGCUGAGCGAGUUUGAGAAUAAUCUUAUUGCGGAAUUGCCUGUGAUAUUAGACAGAAAAGGUAGAAGAUGGUCUUUAGCUAAAUCCAAAUUAGCGACUGCUACGAACGAUGAACAGCAAGCGAUGAAUAAUGAAGAGGAAUUAAAUGGACUAAAUAAGACAAAUAAUUCUAAAUGGAAGACCUUUCCAAAUCGUGUCAUUACUGUAAUCGAUGAAUCGUCCGUUUAAAAUGAAUUCAUAAAUUCAUAAUUCUUGUUUACGUCAUUUAGCUAAAGAGACUACCUCAUAGGACCUUAGAGCAGGAUAGUGUGUAGGUGUUUGCAUAAGUACAAUAACUGUUUGUGUCAAAAUAAUCGACUAUAUUGAUUGUUUGUAUUUAUUAAUUACACUUUAUGAACGCA